AUGCUUCCGCUAUCACUUCUAAACACAUCGCAAGGCCAUCCUAUGCUCGUGGAGCUCAAAAAUGGUGAGACAUAUAACGGCCAUCUUGUAUCAUGCGACAAUUUCAUGAAUAUAUCGCUACGUGAAGUGAUCUGUACGUCGGCAGACCGUGAAGAAUUCUGGAGAUUACCGGAAGCCUACAUCAGAGGGAAUACCAUCAAGUAUCUACGUGUGCCGGAUGAGAUGCUUGAUUUGGUCUUUGCUCAAAGAGCCGAACGAGAACAAGGCAAUAGAGGUGGUGGUAGAGGUCGUAGCAAUGACCGUGAUCGUGGAAGAGGAGAUAGAGGUAGAGGUGGUAGAGGAGGAGGAAGAGGUGAUUCACAACGAGGGAGAGGAAGAGGUUAA